GAGAGAAAGAUCAAGCGUUUGUAGUAUGGAGACUUCCUAUGCUAAUUUUGUAUGAACGUCCUGCUAAAGAGGCAUGUUUUUAUACCUCAGUUGCAUGAAACAUAUACUAAAAAAGCAUGGAUCUCUUGCAAUCGUAGUAUACUGACAUCCCAUGCGUUACAGGUAGAACUUUUAUGCUGAUAACGUAGAAAUUUAUACAAAUACAGCAGAAGUUUUACGCAUAUUGCGCAUGUGCAUUCUUUUACGAAAUAAGCUUAACUGUCCAUACUACAAACGCUUGAUUUUUCUCUCCGUGCAUACUUGAGAAAUUAACCGACUUAAUUCGGAUGGAAAUUAAAACACCUACGAGGAUAACAUUAAAAUAAGAAAUCUACGGAUAAAUUCGCUUAAAUACUUAUUUAACAGUACUGGCUAUUUGUUUAUACAAGAGGCCAUUAAAACAAAAGAAGAAGAAGAAGAACAUGCCGUACUUAGAAGAGCGAAGAAUAAUUCCAGCUGCGAUGUUUUUGUUUAAGAUUUUGCACAAAUAUUUUGAGCUCAUGUCUAAAGAACACAGAACUCAUGCAGCUACUGAACGUGUAAAUGAUCUUUUAUGUUACCAAUGCGAUACAAUGGAGGAUGGAGAAAAAUGUGCCGAUUUAUCUGAAAAUAAUACGACUCUUGUUCAAAAAUGUGCGAAUGACAAAAGAAUAUGUAUGGUUAAAAGAUUUUCAUAUACACGGAGUAACGAGAAUUCAACUUCGGUACCAAUGAUGUGGGCUUUGCAAAGAAAUUGCACCAACAAAUGUGAACCUGGUUGUAUUAUAAUUGGCGAGCGGACUAAACUAUAUGCUUGCAUAGCAUGUUGUGAAACUUCUCUAUGCAAUACUGGAAAGGGAACAGCUACCGACACAAAAUCCACAGAGGUGGGUUUCCUGCUGGCCUUCAUCCUGCAAUUAGUACUUACAGUUGCAAUGUAUCCAUCGUGACCUUUUUAAAGCAUUUUACAACCGUAUUUUUCUUUAUAUCUUUAUAUUGUAUUUAAAUUAUUUCUAAAUGUAUUUUAAUGAGGGAACAAACAUGGAUCCAACAUUUAAAGAACUUCCAAAAUAUUUACAAACUUAUGUAUGUGACAUAAGUCUUUUCAGAGUCCUAUAUUCUGUAUUAUAUUUAGCCACAUAAUUUGGAUUAUUUUUACUAUCUUUUAAAUAAGUAGACUAUUUUUAAUAAAACUAUUAAAUUCUGAUUAUCAGAAAAACUUGGCCAAACAAUUGUAUCUAUUUGCUUCAUUAAUAUACUAGAAGCCCGAAGGAGCAUUUUUGAGGUAUGAACAGAUGGAAAAUGAGAACAUACAAAGUCGCAUACAAACCUGAUUCAUGCUCGCCGCAGUUGAAAAUUCUUGUAAAAGUGUUAAAAAUCAUGUAUUAAAAAAUUAUACAUGAGUAUAAUUUUUUUAUUUUACAAUUAAUUCAUAUAUUUAAUGGUGCCAGUCGAAAAUUCAAGUUUUCUUCCAUGUGAAAUGGCGGCUGCCAAAGAAAUGUUAUAUUCAACAAAUCCUGCUGAAAAUGCUUAUUCGGCAUUUUAUUAUUUUUAGAUAUUUCUAAAUAUUCAACUCCUUAAUUUUAACUGCUCUAUCAGAGAAUUUUCAACUGGGCGCAUGCGUUUCGUUUUGCACUAAAUAAUCUGAAUUAAUUAGAAAGUUUUAGUAUAUUUUAAAGUACAGAAUUGUACAAUAAAAUUUAUCAUACUUGAAAA